CUUUGACAGUUUGGAGUGCUGGCAACUAUGCUACAAGCAAGGACGUAUGUUAGUUAUACGUCCUUGGCUACAAGAUGAGUCAGAAUUAAGGAGUAUUAAUGCAAAUAGUGUAAUAUUUGAAUAUAUUACAGGAUGGACAGUACCAUCGUACCAGGAUUAUUUGGACUAAAUCUCAAUCUGAUGUAUGUUUUAGACAUCCAAAUGAUUGAAGAUGAAAUAGAAGCACUUACAACACGACUGAAAAUUGAGCAUAAGUGUGUACAUAAUGUUCUUAAUAAUAUGAUUUCUAUUUUGAAAACAAAAUUACCAAGAUUGCGAUGCUAUGCGAGGAAAAUCUUGAACAUAUUUUACGGGAAAAUAAAAACAAUUUAAACGCAUUAUCUGAUCUAGAACAGAUUUAUAAGGGAUUGCAUAGAAUAUCAGACGCAGAAAGAUGCAAAGAACGCAUAGAAAAAAUCCUUAAUAGUACGCAUGAAGACGACAUAGUCAAUAAAGCUGUUUGUCUUUUGGAACAAGGGUAUGCCUUGGUGCACGAUAUGUCAGCUAAUAUUGAAAACAUUGCAAGCAGCAAAUUGACUGAUGCACACAAACUUCUGCAGGCGGAACACCACAGAAGCGAAAAGGAACGAAGAACAAUGCUCGAAAAAUGUGUUUUUCACAACAAACAAGCUAUCAGUAAUUUAGAACAAUCUAUGCAAUGCAGUAGAACAAACGAAUACUUUCUUCGAAAAAUUACAGCCCUUCAACAAUUUGAAAGGGCCCAAAUCAUCUGCAGCAAAUAUCCAUACAGAAUAAUAUGGUCGUAUUACAUUGGCGAGGCAUGGAAUCGUCAUGUGGAUUCACUUCAGAGGCAAAAAACUGAACAUAGAAAAAAAGAUGUCUUGGAUGCUUCAUGUAAGGCGAUUGAAUUAUUUUUAAAUGUUGCAAACAUGACAGAUGACAUUGAUAAGAAAAGAACUUACAUUUCAAGAUCACUUGCACAAAUAGGCAAUAUUUUAAUAAAACGUCACAAGACACUUGAAAAUAAUCCCACAGAUUUUGAGUUCUUUCAAGACGAGUUAUUUGUAAAAUAUAUCAAAGACCCAAUGAUACCAUUAAAAAAAGCAUACGACAUGCAGAAAUGUAUGCCAGAUUCAUUUGUAAUGAAUAAAUAUGGACGUGCCUUAUUCCAUCUUUCAAAAGAGACAGAUUCGCGUGUCAAACAACAGCGACUUCAGAUGGCUAUGGAAAUACUUACUAGAUCUAUAGAAUGUUUUACAAUGAACUGGUUUGCUUAUAGUACACGCAUGCAAGUUGCCGAAAGUUUAGGAGAUUUGCAUUUAACGACAGACAGAGGAUUAUCUUGGCAAUACUUUCAAGGAGCACUCAGCGAUGGACAUCAAUGCUUUGAAACAAAGGGAUCUGCAAUUGAUAUGGAAAUACUGGCAAGAAUAUGCCAGAAGAUUGCAAAGUUUCCAUCCACCAAUAAAUAUGGCAGUCAUACGGUUAAGAAAAAGGAGUUCCUUCACUACGCUCUUGAUUAUUUGCAGCACGGUAUAUCUUUAUCAGGUCCAAGCGAAUACAAUAUUGCCAAACGUAUGGCCUCAUGUUUAUACGACUUAGACGAACUCGUCACAGCUACUGAGUGGAUGAAACGGGCAUUAUCCUUAUGUUCAUAUGUUAAGAUAUAUGACUGUAAAAUUACUUGUUUAUAUCUUCUGAAACGAUACGGCAUUGAAAGUAAGAUUACUGGAGGUGACAAACCCUACUAUCUUCUUCGAGAAAUAAUUUACAUACUGCUCAAAUGCAAAAAACAGCAGGCAAAUACAGAUGAAGUGUAUGAAUACAUUAUCAGGACCGACUACUCUGAUCUGUGUACUCUGAUAAACGAUGUGGUCACGGUCAAACAAUUGCUAAAACAAACCGGUCUCGAUAUAAUUACGGAAAUUUUGCAAUGUGACAUAGCAAUAAGUAAAUUAGACACAGGACAACAGAAGCAGCUUGCGCAAUUCAAAGAACAAGUAACAUCUGUCGUUCCACAAGACGAUAUUGAAAUGGUUCUUGAAGAAGAGUUCGAACAAUCUUCAGCACCUAUUCCGAUGUCUCUAGAGACUCAACAGGUACCAGAAGGAUAUCAAUAUAGUUUCUUUAUAUCUCAUAGCAACAUAGAUAGUGACUGGGUUAUCAAUAUGCUUCUUUUUGAAUUAGAAAAUAAAUUUUCAGACGAAGACGAAGCUUUUAAAGGUUGUAUUGCAGAUCGGGAUUUCGUCCCUGGAAAAACUAUAAUCAAGAACAUCACGGAAGCAAUUAACAAAAGCUGUAAGAUAAUUCUUGUGCUAACAAGAAAUUUUGUUGCGAGCCCUUGGUGCGAGAAUGAGAUGGAAAGAGCAUUAGUACGUCAUAUUAAUGAUAAAGAUAGUUGUGUCAUUCCUCUUUUAUUGGAACCGUUGUCAGAUGAGCAGUUUCCUGAUUGUUUGAAAACUAUAACAUAUUUAGAUAUGACAGAUGAAAGUACUCGGAUUCAAGAAAUAAGCAGACUGAAGCGGGCUUUGUUGUAUGUACCUGGUGACGAUAGUAUAUACGUCAGAGGAGACAAGUGAAUAUUUAAGCUCAACAUGCU